UUAACGCCACCUCAGCAGCAAAACUGUCUACCAUGUGACCUCGCCUGGUCACCAUAGCAACGUGACGGACAGGGGCGGGUCAGUCGGAAGUGACGCACCUGUCGCUGCGGUGACGGUUGCCUUGCUGUUCGGACGGUUUCGCUCGCCUUCCUUUCGUUUUUAGCAGCAUCAUUAUGUCCGGUGGCGGCGGAGAGUUCGGAAAUCCUUUGCGCAAGUUUAAGCUCGUCUUCUUAGGCGAACAGAGUGUUGGAAAAACAUCACUGAUAACAAGGUUCAUGUAUGACAGUUUUGACAACACUUACCAGGCAACAAUUGGAAUUGAUUUCCUGUCAAAAACAAUGUAUUUGGAAGAUCGGACGGUUGGUGAAAAGGCAUUGAAUAAUGUGCAGGGGGUGCUGAUUGGAAGAUUUUGGAUUUAUGAAUAUGAGGCCUUGAGGCGCUUCCUCUGUCUACCUCGGGUUCGCUUGCCAUUGGAAGUUGGGAAUAAAGCAUCUGCUUGGGGAACCUCGUGUCAGUCAUGCAGACAACGUGCCCAGCUCAUUGCAGCCGACAAAGGAUGGGGUUACGCCCCUGACUCCGCUGCUCCUGCUGUCUCACUGAUAACCGUCUCACCAACACCAGGAGUCCACUCUCUGGACCUACUGCAACCAGGAGUCUUUGGCUCCAGCGCCAGGCCAGGCCGCUGCCACCUUGCCAAGAAUCCCGCGCUGCAUCUGAAAAGUUACCUGGCCGGCGGCACCAUUUUGAAAAGUUCUUUGCCGCUGAUUGCUGGAGGAGUUUUGCCCCCAUUAGUUGCGCAUCAUCAACUUCAAAUUCAUUUCUUUCAGCUUUUCCGACGUGUAGCAGCUGCUCUGCCUGGUAUGGACAAUGCACCUGAAAAGAGUAAAGAAGACAUGAUUGAUAUCAAGCUGGAGAAACCACCAGAACCACCAAUCAAUGAGGGUGGCUGCUCCUGUUAAUAUUGGCACAAUCAAACUGUACCCUAUGGCCAGCAUCACCAACUGCAUUACAGUCAUUGACUAUCCACCUUGCUCCUUUUUUGGUGGUGUGCUGGCUCAGUAAUGUGUGAACGUGCUGCUGUAAUCGCACCAGGAGCUUCUUCAUUCAGAAAAUUCAAUUUCAUUUCCUUCAGCUGCAUGGUUUAUUUAAGAUCCAGAGAUCAAGUUUGAUUUAAUUAUGUUAUGUAUUGCACUCUUAACACUGAGCGAUGCAGUCCUUUACAUUGUACAGAAAUGUGUGCACGAUGUAAAAUGUUUGUGUGAAUAUGCAAAGAUGUUGCUGUGUCAGAUUAUCAAAAAAAAAGGAUAAAUUGCCUAUGAUGUCUUGAUGUGGGUCUGAGCUGAGGUUUAGAUGCUGCUUUGACCAGAGGGAAUGUUUUUGUAAUUGGGAAAGAAGAGGGGAAGCACCAAUGUAUCCAACAAAAUACUUCUGUCUGAGUAAUGUCUUAAUAUGCUGUCUUGGGUGGUCUUUGUUGAGGUGGGGCAGCAUUUUUGCUAUUGUGUGGUGCUAGAACAGCAUUGAUUUUCUACAGUUGAAGUAAGCUUCUGAAGCUAUAUUCCUUUGCUCUCCAUGGAUGUAUGUCUCGGCUCAUUUGUGCAGCCAUUUAGAGUUCAAGUGCACUAGUGUAGUGUCUGUUUCAUUUAAGGUUGGAAGUUAACUGUUCAUCACUGGGGAGAGUAUCUGAAGGUUUUGCUGAGUAGCCACUUAGUCCCCUUCCCAAGUAGAUGAUUUUGGCAUGGCACAAGUAGAUAGCAUCCAGUUUCAAUACCCAUGAAAUAACUUGAAUAACUUAACCAUGCUUUAAUUCAUCUGUGGUGCAGGAUGUGAAGACUGAUAAGUAGUGUCAUGUCUUGCCAGUUGCUGCUUCCUGAAUCUUUGGCCAAUAUCCUUGUGAACAGUAGCCCUUUUAAAUGGUCCCUGCAAGUUUCAGGUUCAAAAUUAAUUAGUGCUUUUAUAAUCUGUUUUUUUCUGAGUUAUGCUAACUCUAAAAUGAUGUUUCUUUGCCACUGUCACAAGAAAAGUAAUAUUCACUUUCUAGUUGCUCUUGGUGAACAGCAUUACAUUCCUGGAAUUAUCUUUUGGAAAACUGUGGAGGGAUACUUUGGAAUUUUAUUCAUAAAUCAGGAAGCAUGCUUGAUUGCAAUUUUGGAUAUGUGAUCACACUUCCCUAUGUUUCAGACUAAAUGGAGUAUUUGACUAAUUUAGCUGCAACUAAAAGUCACAAUCUCUGAAUAAACAGAGUCUGUAUUAGUACUAGUUGCAGCUUCUUAUGCCAGACUCCUUCAUGAGCUAGUAGUUUACAGGAACUAUCCUACAGCUAAGCCACAGUUAACUAGUUUUCAAAGCCCCCGAGUAUUGUGUUCCGCUGUACAGUCUCUGUACAUGCAGUUUCAGAAAUGCCGUAAUGUGUAAUUGGUGCUUUGGAUUUAGUAGAUGUAAAUUUGUUGUUGCUUUGUGAGCAUGUGUAAUCUGUGUCUGUUAGCAAGAUAAAUUCUGGGAUUAGCAAACUCAAUUUACAUCAACAUAUUUAUGCAAGUCCUUAUUUUUAAUGGAACAUGUAAAAACCCUCAAAUGUAUUUAUUGGAAAUAGCUUUUUGAUUCAUUGGCAGUUUGAACAGACACCAGUAACACAAUUGUUAACUAAAAUUGUUUGCUGUAAAAAUGUGACCUUAUUAUUGCCAGAUUAAAUUUUCACAUGUUCAUAACAUCAACACGAACUGAUUUAUUGCAUUACUGCUAUUUGUAGACUUUUAAAGUAGCAUUUUAUACCAGAAACCUACGUAGAAAUGCAUAUUAAGCAUACUUGGGGCAAUGCUGUUUGUUCAUAUGAACUUCUGUUUAGAUUGAAAUAUCAACUAAAUGGGAAAGUAUUACAAUAGUGAUGGUUGCUGCUAACUCAUCAACAAAAUUUAAAACUUAACACUCUCUAUAUCCAGUUAAAAAAAAAUGUUUUGUACCAAUAAAUAUUAGUGAAGUCCUAUUACUAUACCUUUUUUGAAGAACUUGUAAUACUUGACAGGACUGAUGAUUAAUGCAAGGAUACCUGAUUCUGUAAAAUUCCCCAUAUUUUUCUCCACUUUUGAGAAUUGACUAGAAUGGAGAAACCAGAAAUUAAAAGCUGAACUGUAAGGUUUAGAAGAAGUCAUGUGUUUAGUCAUUCUGACUGGGUUUUCUAAGAAACAACAGCAUCUCACUGUGGCUCACUUAAAACAUGUCUUUCAUUUCUAAUCAUGCUUUUAAAAUCAAGUGUACCUUUUUUGUUCUGAAAAAUACCAGCAUGCAUGUGGGCUUAAGUUUUUGUUGCUCAGUGAAAUACUCCAUUUGAACUUUGCCAUGUCUAAUCAGCUUCAUUUGAGGAUGAGUGUACGCAAGUUGAAGUCGUAACUAAUACCAAGUGUGGCUUUCCUGUUUGUGAUUACAAUAAUUGGUAUUUUAAUGCAGCCUGUGGAGACCAGUAAUGAAGGAUACUGUCUUGAAUAAUUUGAAAGAAAAAUCAGCCUAUUACAAUGGAACUUUUUGCAAACAAGUACUGGAGCCUCCUCCAUCAGUGAUUUGUGUUUUUCUUUUCGAAUAUUUAAACGUCUUUGUUGUAAAUACUUGACAGUUGUAAUGUUCUCAUGUCUGUGUGUGUGUAUGCAUUUAGAUUAUGAUCUUUGGAAAGGCAGUAAGACACUAAACCACUUGCCUGUACUGAAGUUUAUACUAUUUAUCAAAUUAGAUUAGCUCAGCCUGUGUACCAGUGUCUAAAGUCUUUUGCAAAGAUAAAUAUCCUGUCACUCAAACCAUUCACUGACACAUCUGUUUAAUAAAGAAAAUAUUUAUCUUCAUAUUCCACUAAUUAAUGAUCUCAACAGCUAGUUGUUAGAAUAUUUGUGUUAAGGUACCACCUCCUGUUGUAAAGUCACAUCCCUGUAUUACACACAAUAAAAUGAGCCAUUUCAUCACUUAA